UUAGCUUACAUGCACUCCGAAAAAAGACCCCACGAUGCUGGCUGCGAAGAUGCCUGUCUGUAAAGGCGCAUGCAGUAGCUCAAUAUGGUCGCAAGGUGGUGCGUUGUUUCAAAGAAGAGACGCUCCUGAGGACCGGAUGACCAUACAUUUACGGUAUUACGAAUUAGUACGACAGCAUAUAUGAGAGGCAAUAACGUCAAUAACAAACAUAUGGUGAACGACGUCAGAUACGAAAACGAACAAUUUAAUGUUGCUGUGAAUGCAGUUUAUUCAUACCAUGACCAUGUUAUGUCAUGUUUACUGUGGAACUGGCACGUCUGAUGGUUCAUCCAUCCGGCCCGUUUAAGAGCGCAGUUUAGCUGCCCACACUGCGGCCCGCAGUGUGUCACCUGCUGGGCAGACUGGGCUGAACGCGCGCCUGUGUCGCGCGCCACUGGUGAGCUGUGCGCCGUCACGCGCUGAAGGUGCCAUGAAAUGAAGAAAACUCAGUUGCAGAGGAGGAAGAGCACUAUUUAUAAGAGCGCGUAUGGGAAGAUAGGGGGAAAUUGGACUAAUAGCUUACUCGACUGAAAAUGGCCAAAAACACAUCUCUUUAUUUUCGAAUUGUCGAGGGCAGGAACCUCCCGGCCAAAGACGUCUCCGGAACCAGUGAUCCAUACUGCAUUGUAAAAGUUGACAAUGAAGUUGUGGCCAGGACUGCCACAGUGUGGAAGAACCUUAAUCCUUUCUGGGGUGAAGAGUAUACACUGCACCUCCCGAUGGGUUUCCAUUCACUCUCCUUUCAUGUCAUGGAUGAGGACACCAUUGGCCACGACGAUGUUAUUGGAAAGAUUACUCUGAGCAAAGAAGCCAUCGGAUCUCAAGCUAAAGGGCUCGACAGUUGGCUGAACCUGACAAGGGUCAACCCGGAUGAAGAAGUCCAGGGAGAGAUCCAUCUGAGUUUGGAGCUUCCGAAAGAUGCAGAGAAGAUCAGCCUGCGAUGUCAAGUCAUUGAAGCCAGAGACCUGGCUCCAAGAGACAUCUCUGGGACCUCUGAUCCAUUUGCAAGAGUUAUUUUCAACAACCACAGUGCAGAGACCUCGAUUAUCAAGAAAACUCGUUUCCCUCACUGGGGAGAGAGUCUGGAGCUGGAGUUGGAUCCAGAAGAGCUGAGUGACGAGGGGUCUGUCAUUGUGGAGGUCUGGGACUGGGACAUGGUGGGCAAGAAUGACUUUCUGGGAAAGGUGGAAAUCCCUUUUGCUUGUUUGCACAAGACACCUCUGUUAGAGGGCUGGUUUCGUUUGCUACCCUUGGGAAACAGUGAGGUUGAUGCUGGUGGCAAGCUGGGAGCGCUGCGUCUGAAGGUGCGUUUGGUGGAGGAUCGGAUCCUUCCAUCUGUGUACUAUCAGCCUCUCAUUGACCUUCUGGUUGAGUCAGUCAUCUCCCCUACAGAGGUGGAGGAUAGCAGUGCUCUGACCAUGAUGGAGGAGGUGACCACGGUCGAGAGCCGUCAAGAUGUGGCAAUGACCCUGGUGAAGAUCUACCUGGGCCAGGGCCUGGUGGUGCCCUUCCUGGAUUACCUUAACACCCGGGAGGUCAACCACACGACUGAUCCAAACACUUUAUUUCGCUCUAACUCACUUGCCUCCAAGGCCAUGGAACAGUUCAUGAAGGCUGUUGGCAUGCUGUAUCUACAUGACGUGCUGAAGCCCAUCAUCAACCGCAUCUUUGAUGAGAAGAAAUACAUUGAGCUGGACCCAUGUAAGAUCGAGCUGAACCGCACAAGACGAAUUUCAUUUAAGGGUGCAGUGUCCGAGUCGGAUGUACGGGACAGCAGUGUGGAGAUGCUGCAGAGCUACUUAACCAGCAUCACUGAAUCAAUUGUGGGCUCCGUCGAUCAGUGUCCUCCGGUCAUGAGAGUUGCCUUCAAACAGCUUCACAAAAGAGUAGAAGAGCAAUUUGCUGAACCUGAGAAUGAGGAUGUGAAGUAUCUGGCCAUCAGUGGAUUCUUCUUCCUGCGUUUUUUUGCUCCUGCAAUCCUCACGCCUAAACUGUUCCAGCUGAGAGACCAGCACGCUGACACGCGUACAAGCAGAACACUGUUACUACUGGCUAAGGCUUUACAAAGUGUCGGAAACUUGGGCCUUCAGCUGGGUCACGGAAAGGAGCAGUGGAUGGCGCCUCUUCAUCCCAUCAUCCUUCGCAGUGUGGCCUCUGUGAAAGACUUCCUUGACAAGUUAAUCGACAUAGAUCAUGACAUUGUGUCUGAGGUGCCUCAGAGGGCUGUAUUCAUGCCCUCAGUUACAGUUAAAGAGGGGUACCUCCACAAACACAAGGCAGAGGGACCCCAACUGUUGUCCCGCUUUGCCUUCAAGAAACGUUACUUCUGGCUGACCAGUGAGACGCUGUCCUACGCCAAGACCCCUGAUUGGCAGGUUGGUACUAAACUGGUGCGCUCCUCAAUCCCUAUUCAGUGUGUGUGUGCCGUGGAGAGGGUGGAUGAAAAUGCCUUUCAGCAGCAGAAUGUAAUGCAGGUCAUCACCCAGGCCAACGACGGACAGCUGCACACCAUGUACCUCCAGUGCAAGAACGUGAACGAGCUGAACCAGUGGCUGUCGGCAGUCAGGAAAGUCAGCAUCUACAAUGAGCACAUGCUGCCCUCUUUCCACCCAGGGGCUCAUCGCAGUGGCAAGUGGACCUGCUGCCUGCAGGCAGACCGUCCUGUUACAGGCUGCAGUAGAACCCACUCAGCUGUGACUCUAGGUGACUGGAGUGACCCACUGGAUCCUGACAGUGAGACUCAGACCAUAUACAAGCAGCUUCUCCAGGGCCGAGAUAAACUCAGGAAAAAAUAUCUGGAGAUGCCAGACGCUAAUCAGACGUCAAGCAAUAAAGAAAGCAAGAUCAGCUCUGACAUUCAUCCAGAUGGUGCAGAAUGCAAUGUUCAGCUUCUGAAGCCAGGUCAGAGUGUCGCUGCUCGGAUGUUGGCGGUCAUAGAGGAUCUGGAGCAAGCUCACGCCACCUUCCAGUGCAGAGAAAAGGGGGACGCCACCAGUGUCAUUCUGAAUCCCUAGACUCAACAUAGACUAGGAUCCACUAGAUCCUGAAAGGGGGGUGGGGGGGGUGGGCAGAAUACUGUACCAACACAAGUGAGCUUGAGAUAUUCACUCUCUUGAUUGUCAGGAAGAAAAUGUGGCCACAGAGUGCAACCUCUUCCAGCCUUUUAGUACAUUCCCUGCUAUAAAGAGCACAAGAAAUUCUGCCACUUUGAAUCUUUUUUUAUUCUCUGAGUGCCACUGACUUCAACAGCGCCGGGGAGAGAUUAUGAUACUUGAUGAUAAGAGGGGCUGAGGGACUUUGACGCAUGAUCUGACUUGAUAUUUUUAAUGUAGAUAACAAGCAAUCUGUUGCAUGGCCUGCAUCCACUUGUUGUGAAAUGUGAAAAGAAGCUUUUAUAUUUUGAGAUACUGUACAGGACCUCGGUCACACAUUUUUAUGCAAAAGGCUUGUUUUAGUGAAAUCUACAGUACCUGAAUGUAAGGUGUUCUGAAAUCGCUUUUAUCAACAUGUUGUAUUUUAUUGGGGCAAUUUAUCACUGUGGCCACAAUGUAGCAGUGACAUUAACAUUAUAGGUCAUACCACCAUGAGUUUAUGAAAUGCUGGUGCACAUGCCACAGUGUAAUGCUGCCUGUACAGUGAGCAAAAUUAUUAUUUUAAUUGUUGCUUUGGCUCCUUUAUACAAAACAAUGUGCUUUUGUUUGGUGCUAUGGCCAGUCAACUUAAAUAUUUGGCUCUGAUGUCAUUUGCAUAUUAAAACUCACUUGAUGUAGCCAUUCCUAAAGUCAUAUGGGUAAUAUUUACCUCUUAACAAUAUACAUAUAAAGGAUCAAUCUUCAAUCUUCAAUUUUCAAAAGACAACAGCAGUAACAAUUGUGACAUACUCCCAUUUGAUAAGUUUACAUUUUCUUGAGAUUUUGGUGCCAUUACAUUUGGCUCUCAAAUGUCAGGAUAUGUUUGAAGAUGCCAAAUUUGUUUUUAGAAAAUGAAAAUAGUUGAAUUUUGAAAAUCACUCAAUAAAUUUUUUUAUUUUUCGACAAUUUUCGACACAAACAUGUCGUAAAACCAUUUCCCGUAGAGCAAAUAGCGUUCAGUGUUUUCCUGAGACGGAGAAGGUCACUGAGUGUAAUGGAGUUCCGAUCAAUGAUCUCUCAGAUCGCCCCAGCAUGCCACCCUGCCUCUGGAGCUUUUUAGAUUUUAUUCUGGUACAGCUGUGGGGAGUUAUUUGCGGCUUUCCAAAAUUUGUUUUUAUUCAUUUGCCACUUCAGUCUUUUCGAAAGGAGAUUACACAUCGUCUGUUGUUUGUGAACUUUAUUUUCCCUGAAUGAGGGCUCAUAUUAUGACAAAAAAAAAAAAAAAACACUCUGCCUGUACUUUAUUUUGCAAAUACACCAUGGUGGUUUUUUCCAAGUGGAUUGUUACUGUGAACUUAACACAACUGUAUUAUUCAGUAAACUCUUAUUUCAGCUAA